AUGUCGUUGCUCACCGCGAGUGCAUCUCCCCCGCCUCCGGGUGCGCAGCCUCCGCCGCCGCCCGCGCAGGCCCAUCCGCCUCCCUCUUCCGCCUCCCCCGCUGCGCCAGCGGCCGCGGAGAACGCCUCCGCCCCAGUAGAAGCGCCCGCUUGUUCUUCCAGUGCGCCUGCUCCUCCGGAACCCGCUGCGCCUCCUCCUCUCCCUUCUGCCCCCUCCGCGCCACCCCCAUCCUCCCUUCCACCUGUGCUCGGCGCUCUUUUCGGCGCAACAGGAGCAACCGCCCCUCAAACUCCCCCCAGGGAGCCCGCUGCCCCGUCCGCUCCUCCUCCCCCUUCCGCCACCCCCCCAGCUGCCGCUUCCGCGCUUGCUUCCGCUCCUCCACCUUCCGCUCCCCCUUCCGCUCCCCCGCUCCCUGCAGCCGCGGAACAUUCUGAGCCGCCCCGCAGCGCCCUUCCGCUCCAGCUGCGCAGAUCCAAGCGCGGAGUGGGGAAGGUCUUACCUGGAAACGCGGAGGUGGUUUCCUACAGGGUGGAUAAGCGUGACCCGUUAGAAGCAGGUCCGCCGCAGCUGGAGGUGUCGCCUAUAACGGUUUACGGGUCAGAGGAGGUGCUAGCGCCGGGGAGACAGAUAGCAGUGAACAGGCGGUAUAUUAGCUAUGCGCUCAGGAACGCGAGCAUCCGUGUGCUAAACAUCAAUACGGCCCUGCGCGCGCUCUUUAAGGGGCACAAGAAGCGCAUCACGGAUAUGGUGUUCUUUGCAGAGGACGAGCAUCUCAUGGCCAGUGCGAGUGCGGACGGGCUGGUGGUGGUGCGGCGGGUGGAGGAGGGGCCGGGCAGCGACAGCAAGGCGGCUAUUGGCGAGCGUGUGUUGGCAGUGCUGCAGCUCAAGGGCGCGUGGGGGGACACUGCUGCGCCGCAGCUAGCCUGGCACCCCCGGCAGAAGGACAUCCUCAUAGUCGCGUGCGACCGCUUCGUCCUCUUUGUCUCCAUCGCUGCAGCAGCCGCAGCAGCGCCCACCAAGCCUCCCUCGCUCUCCGAUCCCUUUGUCAUCGAUCUCACAAACGAACCAGCACCACCAGCAGCAGCAGCAGCACCAGAAGCAGGAGGGGCAGCAGGAGUGGCAGCUGAGGCGCGGGCGAUAGUGGAGGGGGUGAUUCUUCUCAAGGGGCACUCCGCGCCUGUGCCCUCUCUGCUGCCCGAGCCCUCUGCCUGCACGCUGCUCCCGACCCCCUCGCUAGACGGCACGGUGCGAGUGUGGAGCAGCACGGUGUGUGUGUCUGCCAUGACUCCACACGCCUCUCAGCCUGUCUUCUCCGCCCUCUUCCUGCUCCCGCCCUCGGCUCCCUCCAACCACGCGCUCCUACUCACCGGGGGUCCCAACAACAGCGAGCUAAAGCUAUGGGCCUCCACCUCCACCUCCUCCUCCUCCUCCGCCUCUCCCUCCUCUACCAGCAGCGUGCAGCAGGACAACUGGCGCUGCAUUCACACGUUGCAGCUUCUAGCCGACGCUCCCCCGCUCAAACCCACUGCUGCAAAAAGCAGCGGCAGCAGCAGCAGCAGCAGCAGCAGCAGCAGCAGCAGCAGCAGCGUGGGUGUGAGCGGCAGCAGCGGGGUGUUCUGCCAAUUGCAAGUGGUGCAAUCCCUGGGUCUUGUCCUCCUCACCGACGCACUCCAGAAGGCAAUUUACGCUGUCUCUGUCCGCUUCGACCCGGCCUCCCCCACUCUCUCCCGCUUCCAAUCCAUCGCUCACUUUUCCGUCACCAUGCCUAUUCUUAGCUUUACUGCCUAUUUGGCUGCUCCUAAUGGGGACGGGGCAGAGGAGGGCGCGCAGGGGGAAGGCGCAGGUGGGGGCGCAGGGGCAGGGGGAGAGGGGAAGCAAGGGGAUGAAGGGAGAGGGGAGUCUGGAAGUGGGGGAGGGGGUGCGGAUGGUGAUGGUGGUGGUGAGGGAGGAGGGGGAGGAGGAGGAGGAGGUGAGGGAGGGGGUGGGAAGGGUGGUGGCUGGGAUGGUAAUGAUGGGUCGGGUGAGGUGGAGUUGGUGCAGCUGUUUUGCAUGCAGACACAGGCCAUACAGCAGUACUCCCUCCCUGUUGACAUGUGCCUACCUCCUUCCUCGGAAGACGAAACGCCGGCCAUCACAGCAGCAGAGACGCUUGCACCACAGGAAGAGGCACCGCCAGCAGCAGAACCAGCAGCAGCAGAGCCAGCAGCAGCUUCAGCGGCAGCAGAAGCAGCAGGCAAAGAAGGGACAGGAGCAGAAAAGGCAGUAGUGUCAGGCCCGGUAGACGUGUGGGGUGCUGGUACAGUCAAGGAAGAGAAAGCGGAGGGCAAAGAAACAGGACUAGGGGCAGCUGCAGAAGCAGAAGCAGACGGAACAGCUGCGGUGGCAGGUGGAGGAGGAGGAGGGACAGAUGGGCGUCCGCACCUAGUGACGCCCCAGGAACUGCUGGCCAUGGUUAUGGGCAUGAGUGGCCCCUCUCCUGCUGCCACUGCCACUGCUUCCCCCGCCACUGCCAGUGCCACCGCUCCUGCUGCUCCCUCUGCUGCUCCCCUGGUUGCGGCUCCUGCAACAGCCGAAGGAGGGGCUGCAGUGGUGGCGCCUGGUUCUCUCCCUGCUGAUGGUGCUCCCUCUGCUGAUGGCGCUCGUGCUCUUGCUGAUGGCGCUCUCGCUAUUGCUGAUCGGCUACAGGCGGAGGCUGCUGAGGAGAAGGGCGCAGCGGAAUCAUCAGUUGCAUUGAAAGGAGUGGGAGGUAGCGAAGGAGCCGGGGCUGCUCCUGCUGUGUCUGCCGGGGCAGCUGGGUCUGCUGACGUGGCAGCUAUGUCAGCGUCCAUCCAGGCACUCAAGAGUGACGUGGCAGCACUGCAUUCGACUGUCCAAUCAGUGGGUGUUUCAAGCUCGUUGCCCCCGCCCUUUGUGAUUCUCGCGCGUUUCUCUUUCCCCUCUUCAUCGCUCCUCUCCUCCCCCACACUAGCCCCCGGGUCCGUCUGCCCUUCCCUGCAUCCCCUCGGUCACACACACGCGUUGCUUACUUUCUUUCUCCUGCUUUCCCUUACUCCACUUCCUCCCCUGUUUCUUCCCCAAUUUCCUUCUCCCUUCUCCCUCCCGAUUCACCAUGUCUCCCCUCUCCCCCCCUCCCCCCUCCUCUCCCUCCUCUCCCUCCUCUCUCUGCUCCCGUCCAAUCCCCCCAUCUUCCCCUCCGUCUCCUCCCCCCACCAGCUCCUGCAGCAGCAGCGGGAGGCAGCAAAGCACGUCCCCACGCCUCUCCUCAAGGAAACGAAGCGCCUCGAAGCGGCCCUCUCCCAGCGCGUAGACCGGGCCACCAAGACCCACGCAGACGCAUGCCAGUCCCGAAUCCAGGAAGACCUAGCAAAAGAAUCUGCCAAACGGGAGAAGGCCGAGAAGGCAGCGCAGGGUCAGGUGGUGGCAGCGGUGGCGGCGGCGGUGGUGAGUGGGACCGCGCAGCAGGUGGUUCCGGCAGUGGAAGGCGCAGUGGCGAGGGAGGUGGUGGGGGCUGUGCGUAGCGCCGUGCUGCCUGCUCUCGACUCAGCGGUCUCGGCUCAGAUCAAGCUUCUUGGGCAGACCCUCACAGAGGAUGUGCGUACGCACACCACCGCUCUCAUCCCACCAGCCGUCGCUUCAUCCCUGCAGGCGUCCCUAUCCGAUGCGGUGCAGCGGGCCUUCACAGAGGCAGCAGUACCGGCCAUGGAGCGGGCCGUGCGGGAGAUGCUCUCGCAGCUCGACCGCUCCCUGCGCUCCGGCCUCGCAGCGCAGCAGGCCGCACAGCAGGCGGCCGUGCAGGCAGCGGUGCAGGCGGCGGUGCAGGGAGCGGUUGAGGGGCAGAUUCAGCAGCAGCUGGCGGCGCUACAGCAGCAGCAGGUGGUGAAGAUGCAGCAGGAGAUGCAGGGCGUGACUGCUGCUGCUAAGGCCUCCAUCCAGGAGUCCGUUGCAUCGCUCAACUCGGUCUCCUCAACUCUGCAGCAGCAUCUGCAGGCUCUCACUGCCCUGCCUGCUGCUGCCGCUGCUCCCACAGCUGCAGCCCCGGCAGCAGCAGCAGCAGGAGUAGCAGCGGCAGGGGCAGCAGGAAGCAAGGGCUCUGCAGCAGCAGCAGCUGCUGAUACUGCGCAGGGGAACGGGCUGGCUGGAAAGGCGGUGCCAUUGGAGCAGCUGGAAGCAGCGCUAGACCCCACGAGGGAGAUCUCGCGCCUGCUGGCAGACGGCAGCUACGAGGCUGCCUUCACCCGCGCCCUUUCCCUCUCUGACGUCGCCAUCGUCACCUGGCUCUGCUCCCAGGUGAAACCGGAGACAGUCUUCUCAGCCUCGCCACCCCUCAGCCAGGGGGUUCUCCUCUCCCUCGUGCAGCAACUGAGCGUGGACCUGCAAGCCGACACCGCCACCAAGGUGCCCUGGCUCAUCAAGUCCCUCAUGACACUCCAGCCGCGCCACCCCCAGCUGGGAGUGCACAUGCGCCCUAUUCUCGAGCAGCUAUAUCAUGCAGUGCACCGCGUGCUGGCUUCUGCUGCUGCUAAGCCUGAGGGUGGUGAUGGGGCCGAUGGGGGUGCGGCGGGAGCGGGUGCGGGGAGGCUGAGCGAGAGCGUGGUGCGGGAGUUGCAGCUGCUGCUGCAUGUGGCCACGUCUGUGCUCACGACUUGCUCUUGA